GUUACAUUUGCUUAUUGUCAAAUGGUUGUGUCAAAUUUUUUUUAUUUUGUGAGACGGUUCUAGUUCCUUGUUGAGUGCAGUUGCGUAAACAUUCAUUUCUUCAAUCAUAAUGUCACAGUUCUCUAAGUUGUUGCUGAUAAUUGCUGCUGUUAAUAUCAUAGAAGUUAUACCUAUACAGUUACAAGAAGGAGAGGAAUUGAAACAGAAUGAUAUAGAAGAAUCACAACUGAACGAAUGUUUGUCAGUUAGAAGAGGUUCUGAAGUCGGUGUAUGCUUCGGAAAAGAGAUACUGCACAAACUCACCAAGUUCAAUGAAGACGAUUCUUUUAGUCUGGCUAACGGUGUCUCAUUUGUCAGAGAUGAGAAAACACCAAGAGAUAUUGAAGGAUUCCUCGACAGAGAUCCUAUGGAUUUUCGCACGAUGAUGGAGGAUGCCGGCAACCUGAUCUCAAAGAGGUCACUGCACUGGGAUUUGAGUACGUUGUACCCGGGACUAGUGAUGAGAAUUGGUCCAACAUUGGCCAAUGGGGUACUGGAGUUUGUGAUGGAUCCUAGGAUAAAGGAUAGAACUUACCACCAACAGCCGCAUACAGAAAUGUCUACAGGGCGCCUUUUAGCAAGGAAUCUUCUUGUACCAUUCCUACUUGGAUUCAAAUUUCAACUUUCUACAUUAUUGCCGUUGGUGUUAGGACUGCUUUUGCUUGCGAGUAAAAAAGCAUUUGUACUCGCAAAAUUGGCUCUGCUGGCAGUGACAGUAUUCAGCGGUGGUUCAAGUUUAGGCAGCUAUGGCAGCUCUUAUGGCGGUUUCAGUGGACCAUCUCUUUCUUCUUACACGAGCUAUGAUUCUCCACAUCAUCAUGAUCAUCACGAUCAUCAUUCUUCAGGUUAUUAUCACAGAAGACCACAUCAUGCUGAAUAUUAUUAUAGAGAGAAAUCUUCUGAGCAGCAGUCGACUGCCACGCCAAUUACUCCAGAUGAGCUAAGAGACAGAUUAGAAAGGUUAUUUGUAACCAAAAAGGAAAUAAAUGAUCCUGUUGACGACGGUAAAAUCAGAAACGCUCGGAAUUUCGCAUGGACUCCGAUAAAUACCGGUUAAUCUUUUCUUUAAUAUUAUCUAAAACAAAUAUCAACACAAAACGCUGUCUUAAAUAGGGUUCUAUCACAUGAUAUUUUGUAGUAGCACAUGCUACUACAAAGAAAACGUCAUAUCAUUAACGUUUUGUAGUUAACCAUAAAAGAGCGGCAAUUUUAAAGUCAUUUUCUAUUUUAGCACUUAUUUAGUUAUUUAUUUGACUGCCACCUUCUAUAAAUUAAAAGUUAUUUCCUGAAACGGGUGCUUCUAUUUAAAGUAGGCAUAACCGUAAUCCCUAUUUUUCUUUAACCUUACUUAACUAUGACAAAUUUGUUGAAUUGUAUCUUUGACUUACUAACUAAAUGAGUUAUUACUAAAUUAUUAUAGAUAUAGACGCAUGAUACGCUUGCAGUCAAAGGCCUAUACAGAGAAAAUAAUAUUUACAAGGAAUAUGGAUUAUCAGAUUUUUCUAAAUAUGUAUUAUAUUCAAAAUGAGUUUUGUAUUUUAUUUAACGUAUCUGUAAUACGUCUAAAUCACCAGUAGUUAUGUAUUGUCUGAUUCAUUUGAUUAUUUAUUCUGAAAUAUUGUUACCAUAAUUAUUUACCUACUAUUUUUCAUUAUUGUGAUUGAACUAAGAAAUUUUACUUGGACGUUAUUUCUUCUAGUCAAACUAUAAUUUCUUUUCAUUGAGCACAAACUUGCCUUUUGUUUUUAUAUAUACUGCAUGCACCAACAUCUUCAUGAAAACAAAUUAAAUUAAAUUAAAACAA